UCUCUCAUCUCCCAGCCUGUUCUCUUUCUAUAUAUCUCACGCAAAACAAGGUGACCCAUUAGAAGAAGAAGAAGGAAAAAAAAAAACAAAACCUAGCAGAUGCCUGCAGCCGGAUCCCGUCGUCGCCCGAUUGCAUCGGUUUUAGAUGAAACCUGAUGUUUAAUCUGAUACAUUGAAAAGGAGAAUUAACUAGUUAUAUUUGUAUGUAUAUAUAUAAUUUUGCAGGGAAAUAAUUAAGAGAUAUUAUUGUUUGAGAAAAAGAAGGAGGUAGAGAAUAAAUUAGUGAUGGGUGAUCAGGAGGCAUUGGAGAAGAAGAACAAGAAAGUAGUGAGAGAAAACAAAUUGCAAAGAAGCUAUUUUGAUGUGUUGGGAAUUUGCUGUUCUUCAGAAGUUCCUUUGAUUGAAAACAUCCUCAAACCCCUCGAAGGAAUCAAACAAAUCUCUGUCAUUGUCCCUACAAGAACACUCAUUGUUGUUCAUGAUUCCCUCCUCAUUUCCCAACUUCAAAUUGUGAAAGCUCUAAAUGAAGCAAGAUUGGAGGCAAAUGUACAAUUAAAUGGAAAGGGAAUAAGCAAGAAGAGAUGGCCAAGUCCUUUUGCAAUAGCCAGUGGGUUGCUUCUAACGGCGUCGUUUUUGAAGUAUGUGUACCACCCGUUACGGUGGCUCGCCGUCGCCGCCGUUGCCGCCGGCAUCUUUCCCAUUCUUCUAAAAGCCAUUUCCGCCAUUCGCCACCUCAGAAUUGAUGUCAAUAUUCUUGCUAUUGUUGCUGUUGUGGGGACAAUUGCAAUGGAUGAUUACAUGGAAGCUGGGAGUAUAGUAUUUUUGUUUUCCAUUGCUGAAUGGCUUGAGUCAAGAGCAAGCCACAAGGCCAAUGCUGCAUGUACAUUGAUGAGCUUAGCCCCUCAAAAAACAUUAUAGCUGAAACUGGAGAAGAUUGUGGAUGCAAAAGAGGUGAAAUUAAACAGUGUGUUGGCUGUGAAGGCUGGAAGAGUUAUUCCCAUUGAUGGUAUUGUUAUAGAAGGCAAAAGUGAAGUUGAUGAAAAAACUUUGACUGGAAGAAACUUUCCCAGUUCCAAACACAAAGAUUCUCUUGUUUCCGGUACCAUCAACUUAAAUGGUUAUAUUAGUGUUCGAACUACAGCUGUGGCUGAGGACUGUGUGGUGGCAAAAAUGGCUGAGCUUGUAGAAGAAGCUCAAAAUAACAAAUCAAAAACUCAGAGAUUCAUUGAUGAAUGUGCCAAAUAUUACACCCCAGCUGUUGUUAUCAUUUCAGCUUGUCUAGCAGCCAUUCCAGCUGCAUUAAGAGUUCAUAAUCUCAGCCAUUGGCUUCACUUAGCUUUGGUGGUUUUAGUGAGUGCAUGUCCUUGUGCCCUAAUCCUCUCGACCCCGGUCGCUGCCUUUUGCGCCCUUACGAAGGCCGCCAUGGCCGGAGUUUUGAUCAAAGGCGGCGACCACCUUGAAGUUCUUGCAAAGGUUAAGGUUAUGGCAUUUGAUAAAACUGGCACAAUCACCAGAGGUGAAUUUGUUGUAACACAUUUUCAAGCUCUAAGAGACGAUAUUAGCUUCCACACCUUGCUCCAUUGGGUUUCAAGCAUUGAGAGCAAAUCAAGCCAUCCAAUGGCAGCUGCCCUAGUCAACCAUGGAAAGUUGCUUUCUAUUGAUCUUAAACCCAAAAACGUUGAGGAAUUUGAAAAUUUUCCAGGAGAAGGUGUUCGGGGGAAGAUAGAUGGAAAUGAUAUUUACAUUGGAAGUAGAAAAAUUGCUGUUAGAGCUGGUUACACACCAGAUUUGAGCUUUGAUGAUGAAACAAAACAAGAGCAAACGCUCGGAUAUGUAUUUUGUGGGGGGACAAUAAUUGGAUCCUUCGGUCUUUCGGAUUCUUGUCGUUCGGGAGUUAAAGAAGCGAUCGAGGAGAUUAAGAGUUUUGGUAUUAAAACAGCUAUGCUCACCGGAGAUUGUAAUGCAGCUGCCAUGCACGCCCAAGAACAGCUCGGGAAUGCGCUCGACAUAAUCCAUUCGGAACUUCUACCAAAGGAGAAAGCCAAUAUAAUAAAAGACUUUAAAGAGGAUGGAGCAAUAAUUGCCAUGGUUGGAGACGGCUUAAAUGAUACCCCAGCAUUAGUCACUGCUGAUAUUGGCAUAUCAAUGGGUGUUUCAGGUUCAGCAUUGGCCACUGAAACUGGGAAUGUGAUUUUAAUGUCAAAUGACAUGAGAAAAAUUCCAAAAACUAUUAAGCUAGCUAAGAAAUUCCAUAAAAAAGUAGUUCAAAAUGUCAUUUUGUCAAUCAGUACGAAGACUGCAAUCCUCGGCCUGGCAUUCGCCGGACAUCCCCUAGUCUGGGCGGCAGUCCUCGCCGAUGUUGGUACUUGCCUAUUGGUUAUCUUGAACAGCAUGCUCCUUUUGAGAGGAAUUAAUCACAAACAUGGAGAGAAAUGUUGCAAAUCUUCCAAACCAUGCUUGACAAAAUAUGGACAGCGAUGCGAUGGUGGUAACACUCGAUUGUCUAGUCAUCAUCACGAUCAUCAUCAUCAUCAUCAUCAUCAUCGAUGCCAUGUUGCUGAUGAUCAAUCCUCUAGUCGAGAGAAUAAUCAUGUCCAUAAACAUUAUAAAAUUGAACUUCCUCAAGAUCACGAUAGAGAAAAUUCUGAAGUGAACCAAAAGAAGAAUCAUCAAUGUAGUGAUGAGUGUGAGGAAACUAAUGUGGCUCAUGAGAAAGAACAUAAAUUUUAUUACAACCAUUCAAAUCAAUGUGAGAAAGAGAGUAAUGAAAAUUCUUCAAAGAAAGUGGGUGAAUCAAAUUGUAAUUGCCACUCACAUCAUGUUACUAUUGACAUUCAUGAAGGUAAUGAAUGUGAGAGAGUAGAGCACAAGUAAGAAGUUUCAUAUGAGGAAUUAAAUAACGAUUGGUGUGAAAUUUAAAGGGAAAGAGAAUAUAAAUGAACAAAUGCUAAAAGGCCAUUGACAUUGAUACGUAUGGUCUUUAUAGCUUUCUCCUUUAAAGCUCUAGAGUCUAGGCAAAUAAUGCCACUUGUUCACAAAUCAUAUUUUUCCCUUGCUUUUUUCCCCCUACUUUGGUAUAUUUGCUUUGUUUUCAUAUUCUAUCCUAAGAUUAUUCUUGUUCGCAUUAUUUUUUGAUAUAUAUA